CCUUUGAUUCUUUCUGCUGUCCUUCUGUGUCCUUGCUAUGUCUCGAGUCUUAUGCUCUUCCCUGCUCUUGUCUGCUCUUGUCUACUAGACUACUACGCACUAUAGUAGUCCUGUCCAGGUCUCUGUGUGACUUUCCCCGCGUUCCUGAUGACGUCUGGAUCAAGAGUCAAGAGUCAAGACAUCUCUACUGGCAGCCUCGACCACCAAGACGAGCACUCAUGAUGCAGCGAACCAUCUUCUCAACAAGACUCCUCUCAAGAACCAUCCGAGCAAGACCCUUCUCAUGCACACCAGUAUCUCUGAAAACCAGUGAGACUUCCGUCGAGGAUAUCCAAGCACAACAACACUCAGGUUCUCGCAAAGCACCUGAACCAACGCAAGAGACGGGAACAUCGACGCAAGCGCCGCAUGACGCACCAGCUUCGACACCUCCCGGUGGUCAACAAUUUCCAAAACAGCCAGAGUUUGUGGGGAGUAGUGAGCCAGGACGGGAUCAUCCCAUGGCUACGAAUGAAGAUGGGAGCGGUGAGAUCAAGUCCAACUCACCGUUCCGUGCUGCACCGCUCGAGAAGUCUGUUGGUGCAAAGACUGUGCCACCUGAUUUGGAGGCCAUUGAGCGUAUGGACAAGGCAAACAAGAAGGCAAAGAAGGAGUCAAAGGGAAAGAAGGAGAAGAAGCAGUCAACGUAGAGAAUAUGCAUGGUUACUUAUACGUGUAUGUACAAGG